AUGGUCCGCUUCUGGAAGCGUUCGAGGAGGCGGAUGUCGGUUGACGUGAGCCUGUACUCCGUGUCGGGGCUAUCCAUGGACCCGGCGUACGGCAGAGGCGGUGGCACGAAGCGAGGGAGGAAUGCAGACGGAGACGUGGCGGUCCGGGCCUGGGCUUUCCGGACCGACGGCGCAGCCGGGGUCUUGAUUUGUGACGGGGUUGCGAUGUUCAAGUCGACCUUGAACGCCACCUCCACGGAGAGGGCGGCAGCGGUAGAUGUGGUCCCAUAG